AUGAGCUCGAACGAUAAAUCUUGUUGCCGAAAUUGUGCUGUCCUUAAAGCACAACUUGAACAACAAGAAGACACCGCCGCCAGAUAUCUAAAAUUCAUUCAAUCUCAAAAUGAGCUUAUUCAAUUUUUGUCUCAAAAUAAAUCAUCGCUUGAAACUUCCUCGCCUCGUAGACAAUUUUCUCAAUACGCUUAUGAACAAAAUUUAACAAACUAUAAUGGAUCGGAUGCUUACGAUCAAAGUAUUAGAAGGGCUCGUGGAAAACAAAUUCAAAUGACUAAAGACUGCCGCGCUUUUAUCGGUUCCAUUACGAGCGAUAUCGAUAAAGAUUCGUUGAAACAUUGUCUUGAAGAAGCUUUUGGACCAGCUUGCGCAUUUGCAGAUUUUGCUUCGCCAACUGCAUAUCAUAACGCCGUAAGCGAGGGUGCCGUAUUAGUCAAUGGAAUAGCAUUAAGCGUCGAAAGAGUGAGGAAACCGAAACCACGGAAAUGA